GAUCCCAAUAAGCACCGAACCCUAUAGCCCAAAACUUCCUCCACUUCACGCCCCUCCGCCGCCGCCGCGUCUCCUCUGCAGGUAAGAAGGUAAGGAAGAGGGCGAAAUGGUGAAGCACAACAACGUUAUCCCCAACGGGCACUUCAAGAAGCACUGGCAGAACUAUGUCAAGACAUGGUUCAACCAGCCCGCCCGCAAGCAGAGGCGCCGCAUCGCUCGUCAAAAGAAGGCUGUGAAGAUAUUCCCACGCCCAACUGCUGGCCCUCUUCGCCCCAUUGUGCAAUGCCAGACUCUCAAGUACAACAUGAAGUCGAGGGCUGGGAGAGGAUUUACCCUUGAGGAGCUGAAGGCUGCCGGCAUUCCAAAGAAGCUUGCCCCAACCAUUGGCAUUUCUGUGGAUCACCGCCGCAAGAACAAAUCUCUCGAGGGACUGCAGGCCAAUGUCCAGAGGCUUAAGACGUACAAGGCCAAGCUGGUUAUCUUCCCAAGGCGUGCUCGCAAGGCCAAUGCCGGCGACUCUACUCCGGAGGAGCUUGCCACGGCCACCCAGGUCCAGGGUGACUACAUGCCUAUUACUCGUGGUGAGAAGCGCUCAGUCGAGGUUGUGAAGGUUACUGAUGAGAUGAAGUCGUUUGCGGCCUACGGCAAGCUCCGUCUUGAGCGGAUGAACAAGAAACACCUUGGUGCCCGCCAGAAGAAGGCGGCUGAGGCAGAGAAGGAUGAAAAGAAGUGAAGCAGGUAUACCCUGUUUUUGUUUUCUAUCUUUAUUCCGAUGCAGCCACUAGUGGAAUUUUACUGUCAAGUGUGUGCUCUAAGUUCUGUUUUGGUGCUGAAAAUAGAGACCAGAGUUUUGGUGCCCAA